AUGAGCUUGCGGGAUGAUCCAUCGAGACUGUCGUCAACGUCUGCCGACCUAAUUACUGAGGCAGGAGAAGAUGAUGUUUACAUCAACCCAGCCAAGUAUGGCCGUCGACUAAAAAAAUCUUCUUCUACUAGAGCAAAGACCAAGCGAACAUCUUCGUCAUACGACGAGUUACAGACACCCAAGCGGCAGCGCCCGUCUCGAGCGUGUGUCACAACGACGCCGAAGUCUGAAGACGCUAAAAUCCCAGUGGAUGCGAAGAGAACCGAGGAUGCAAAGAUGCCUGAGGAACUAAGGAAGCCUUCCAGCCGUUCAGUACCAGCCCAGCAAAGUAGAAGCAAGACAAAACCGACGAAAACUCGGAGCGCAUCCGUGAAAGUAGAGAAGGCUACUCCCGCUUACAAGAAUGCGGCACACGCUGUGAAGGAGAAGAGGUUGUGGCAUUCAAUUUUGCAGCAUCCGGUUUCUCUGGAAGAGUUUCAGGCUGAAGAUGAUUCGGAUGAGGACAGGGAGGAGGAAUAUGAGUGGAGACUGCACCUCGCUGACGAUGAAGUCGAAGAGUUUGAGGACACUCUCCCGGUUGAAAAGCUGUUGAUGAAUCUAUGGAAUCAGUUUUUGGUCAUGGAUUAUCACGCGUACGCUGAUCACAGGGUGGCCCCGGCUUGCAACGCUUUUGCUAAGAAAUACCGGCGUAUCAUUCAGAAGUUCAAUCUCGAGGUUACAUUUUUGCGACAUCUCACUGAGCUAGGACGCAUAGGUCUGCUUGAUUCCGAUGCGAUUUGCGAUACUGGAAUGAUUCUAAGAAAUCGCGAUACAGAACCAGUGAAGGAGGAGGAAGGUGCACGUUUUUUGUUUGCGGAACGCAUCAUCCGGCAAGCUGACGAGGAAGCGGGAAAAAAACGGACCCAAAAGAUCUAAAAAGUCUUUAUGGGGCAUAACAGCCGGCAUGCGAUUGCUGCUGUUUGCAUCCCCAAUACUGAAUGUGAGAUUCUACCGCGACCUUUUCAGCCGCGCUCAAGACUGGUAGUCAACAGUCAGGACCUUGUCCCUAGACGGCUCAUUCCGAAGUCGAUGUGUCGCCUGAGCCAGGUCCUGAACUACCGCGCCCUUACAGAGUCUACGAAGCUUGAGUAAACACAUGUGCCGAU